AUGGCCUUCUUCGUUAACCCAGACAGCAUUGGUUACUUGGCUGGACGGGGCGGGGUUCGCCUCCUCGUCAGAUUGAAAGACCUUAAAGAUCUUGCAUAUGAAACACGAGCUGUUACUGUUCCUUACAACACAAUUGUAUACCGAGCUACGUGUGUUAUACUCCUCACGUCGGUGCUGGUGGAAGGAGAGAGAAGAAAUGACAGUCCAGGUCAAGAAGGAGUGAGGUCAGGCCAACCGUGGACGAGAAGGAAGAUGCUGGUCUCUGCCCUCGGCCUCAGGGGUCGAUACAUAAAGGAGGAGGAGGAUGAGAAAACGAUCUCGGGUUAUUCCUUCGGUUAUUCCAAUCCCUCAGUAUCCCGGAGUGAAGUGCGAGACCUUCUUGGGAACACUCAUGGGGGAUAUAUCGUGGAUGAUGGAGAAUCCUCCCAGGUCUACAAUUACUUCCAUGGACGACAGAGUGGCGACCCCUUCCCCAUGCCCUCACCUCUGUCUUCCUCUCCUGCCUUUCCCUUGUCCUCCUCUUCCACUUUGCCCUUGCCUUCCUCUACUGAAGUCACUAUAGGUGAAGAUCACGGAGCCUCGAUGACUAGAACGACAACGGGAACCACGACGAGGACCACGCCAAAUUCCACGACCACCCCCCCAAGCCUAGGGGUGGAGGAUUCCCAGGAAAAGGAAAGAGAAGGGGAAAGGGAGACGGAAAGAAGAGAGAGGGAGAGGGUUGCGCCCGUUUCCUCAGACGGUGGAAGAUCGGAUCACGUGAUCCCGGUGUCGGGUCCUCAGCCACGCCCUUUGACUCGACCCCUGGGUCUCCUGGCUCGACAACGAGCUCAGCUUUCCUCCCUAACGGGCCCUAAACCCACUCCAGUCCCCUUUGAGGAGACGCCGAUCGCCGACAAGAUCCUGGAUCUCAUUCGACGAGGGAAGAUUUCGCUAGAUGAAGGGGAUAAUAAAGGCAAACAUCCGUUGACGGGGAGUUUUCCAGAUGCCCCUCGUCGACCGACAUUCGGUGGGAUCGUCCCUACUCCCUUGAUCUCUCGCUCAAGUUCUACUCGACGAUUCCGCCCCACUCGAACCCACCUCAACCCUGUCAAUAUGAAUCCUGUGUACUACGGACCGUUGAGUUAUUAUCCCUUGUUGUAUGGACCUGGGUAUUAUGGCCUGAACCCUCCGGGAGUUGCAUUCGCGGGAUUUCCCUCCUAUCGGCCGUUCUUUUACCAGCCCAUCUAUCCCGGUGUCGUGACGGAGAACGAAGGCAAGGAUAUGGAAAAUGGAGAGGAAGAGAAAGAUCGUAGCUUAUUCUUAGAAGGAUUCACAGGGAAAUUGCCGAUCGCGGACCCUGACGAGGAUACAGACGAAAAAACGCAUCUGGGAACGGUUCAGAAGAAUCCACUCAUCUCUUCUUCGUCUUCCUUUCCUGCGGAGACUGCCGCGGACGGGGACCAGGAAGAUUCGGAGGGGGGCAGGAACGACCUAUUGGAUGCCCUCCUCCAGGAACUGCUCAAGAGGCGCAACUGAAACCGUCGGCCUUUCUGAUCACUCUUGCCAUCGUAUUUAUUGACAGAGCACAAACCUUUUCAACUGGUAUUUAUUGUCCAAGUGGACAGUGUCAUCAGGAAACAAAUGGGGAAAGAAAUGAAACGGAAGGAAGAAUGAAGAAAAUACUGUUUAUUUGAAAGGUGAAAGCCCAGUGGUGUCGGGA